AUGUCCUCAAAUUCCGCCAUGGCUGUCUUCUGCCGGGAAAUCGUUGGCCAGCGAGUUUUCAAUGAUGGCCUUGUGUAUUUGGCCUUCCUUGCGGUGGGCACCUCCUGCGGCUGGUUUGUCAUCAAUGGCAUCCUCAACCUCAUCGCCAACGAGCCAGACGUGUCUCGAGGAGGAAAGAUGAUGGGCGAGGUUGCGCUAGUUGGCUCGAUCGUCAGCCUGCUCCUUUGUGGCUUUUACUUCCUUUGGAUGGUGACCUGCGGCAAGCCCUCGCGACGUGCGGAGCAGGGAUGGAGCACAGGGCUGAUCCUGCUUGGCGUGGUGAGCUUCGCCAUGUUGGCCUUGGCUUGGGAUGCUUUUCCGCCAGGCUAUCCGAUGGUCCUGGUGGCCGCCGUGACUGGGUCGAUCCUGGGCAAUGGCUCCAUCCUAAUGCUCUUCCCGCUGAUUUCGACCUACUACGGUGGCUGGUUGGUGGCUCCGGUGCGGGCAGGCACAGACCUCUCAAGUAUGUUCACCGCCUUUUUGGCGGAGUUGCAAAGUCCUGAUGGCAACGUCCACACGUUUCCCACGUGGCUGCUCUUCACCUUCUACACCCUGAUCAGCUGCCUGGGCCUGGCCACCCGGGCGGCAGGAGACCGAUUCAACUACGGCCUCCGAGUCAAGCACCAAAGCCGGUGA